AAUUCCACGCGGGCGGACGGGGCGGAUGAACGAUAUCGGUGGUGUCUUGUCGGUUUUAUUCAGGUGUCGAAAAGAGCGAUAAGAACUGAAUUCGUUUCGAAAUACUGAGAACUAUUCCAAACAGCCAACUGCAAACAAAAAGAAAAUCCUAAUCCCGCGUUGUCGCAGCAGCAAAAUGUUCGCGGCGACAAGAGGCUCAAUUAGCAUUUAGAAAAGCCGCUUGGUCAUCGCGAUCCCAUCAUUAAACUCCCUAUAGAUGGAGGAGGACGUGCUGAACGCCCUGCAGACGCGCAGUGCCUACUUAUCCGGCGGAUUCGAUCGCCAGAAACGCAUCAUCUUCGUUGUCAACGCGUUCAACGAUCUGCAGCUGUGGAAUCGCCGCUAUCUGCAGGUGACUCUGGACUAUCUGAAGCGGUCUCUCAGCGCUUCGGUGUUGCAGAAUGGCGUGAGUGUGGUGGUCAAUGCCCAGGAGAGCAGUUCGCGGAUAUCGCGGCAGCAGGUGCGCCAGAUUUACGCCCUCUUUGGGGGCGACAUCAAUGUGGAUCUGUAUCUAGUCAGGGCGGAGGGCUUCUGGGAGAAGCAUGUGGAGCCGUGCACCAAGUCCCAGGUCAAGGGAGAGCCGCUGGUGCUGUCGAAGGCGAGGCUGUUCAAGUUCAUAGAGCCGCAGAACCUGCCCGAGGAACUGGGCGGCACCUUGCAGUUCAACUACGAUCUGUGGCUGCAGCAGCGCAAGUCCAUCGACGAGUUCACCAAGUCGCAUGUGCAGACUUUGUCUUCGAUGGAGAAACUGUUGGCUCUUCUGCGGGAGCACAAGUCUCUGCGGCCGGCGGAAGCGGAUGUGGAGCUGAAGAAGUGCGCCCAGAUGCAUGCCGGUGUGCAAAACGACAUAGAGACCGCCAUCGACUUGGGUAACGCGAUCUUGGCCCGCUUCAACGAGGUCUACGAGACGCAUUCACCGCCGCCACAAGCGGUCGCACCUGCCUCGGAGUCCCCUGUGGGUCCCCCGCCCAUCGCUGCCCACUCCGCCAGUGCAGGUUCCCCCCAGAAGCCCCUCCUGCCGCCCGACCUCGUCUGUGAACGCGCCCGCAUCGAGUUGCGAUUGAAUGAGAUCGAAAAGAAGCAGACGGCCAUCCGGACUGCAUGGCUGGAACUGCUCCGAUCUCUGAGGGAGGCACGCGAACUCAGCACUUUGGAGGAGGGGGUGUCCUUCGUCACCAAUUGGAUCCUGCAGGAGGCCGAGCUGUUACUCAGUCGCCAAAGGAGCGUGGCAGGUGAUGUUAGGGGAUGUGAGGCCCUGCGUUCUGCGCACGACCAACUGGAACUGGAGUGCCGGGAAACCUACGGUUGCUAUGCAGAGCUGCUCUACAAGAUCGAAAAGUUUGCCGCUGAAAGGCAGUCAUCAUCUAAGGAUAUGGACCGAUGCCAGGAUCUUCUCUCGCAGCGAGACUUCAUGCAGUUUGUGUGUCGCUCCUUUGCAAAACGAUUGGAGCGACGAAGAAAUGUCCUGAUGACCGCCCUGAGGUUCCAUCGCCUCCUCGAUCAAUUUGAGGAAUUGCUUGCUACCGGUAACCAUGUGGUGGAGGUGGACAGUCGAUCGCUUGACUGGCCCGAGGCGGAGCAGCUACUCAUGCAGCUCAAUAACAACCAGGAAAUGUUGGGCCACGUCGAGCGCGAACUUGUGCGUGAAGGUGAAAAGCUGAGCGACAUGCUGGCCAUGCCGGUGAAAGACGCUCUGGGCCGUGACCUCCAGCUGGACUACAGUGCCGAGAUCGCCCAGCUGCGCAGGCAGAUCGACGAGAGCCGGCGUCGUCGUCAGGUGUGCGGACAUCGGCUGGCGCUGCAGCGGCUCACCUUGGAGCAGGUGACCCACAUCCACGCCUACGAGGAGGACGCGCGGCGGGCGCGGGACUGGCUGCAGGAGUUGUAUGCCGUCUUGCUGCGCUGCCACUCCCAUGUCGGCUGCAACAUCCACGAGAUUCAGCUGCAGAAGGACGAGUUGCAGGGGUUCGAGGAAACCGGACGGAGCAUCUACCACUAUGGCUGCCAAUUGCUGGAGGCAUCCCAAACGCUGCGCCUCUGCUGCAAACUGGAACCAUCAGCAUCUAGGUCACAAAGCAAUCCCAGUCAGGGUUUCAUUAGUGACGAACUGCAGCACACGUGGCACAGUCUACAGUCUGUGGCCCAGGAGCAAAUGACCAGACUGCGCGUCUCCGCCGUUUUCCACCGCAGUGUGGAGGCCUAUUAUCGCCAGCUGAGGGAACUUCGGCCCCUUUUGACCAAGGAACUAUCCGCGCAACUGCAGCAGCAGCAGAGACAGCAGCACAACCGCAGCAGCAGUGGAAUAAGUAGCGAUGCCGAGGCAGAAUUGGAAUCGGAGCUGUCUCCUUUGGGGGAGAUGCCUCCGCGAUUGCAGAGGCACUUGGUAGCCAGGGAGCAACUGCUCGUCGAAGUGGGCAGAAUGGUCAGACUGGGAAGACUGCUGAAGAAGCGACUCAAGGAGCCCUUCGUUCUGGACGCAUUAACAGGAAAGAGUGUCGUGGCCGAUGAACUACCCCUGGACUGCACUGCACCAAGUCCACUCCACGACAGUGGAAGGACCAGCAGUGCUGGAAGCGAGAUACCCGGGGAAUCCCUGCCAGCCACUAUGCAAGUGGUGCCCACAGGCAGCAACGAACUGGCCUGCGCCGCCAUUUCCCACAAGCUGGGAGCCAUUGCCGAGGUGGCCGAGUCCCUGGACGCAGUCAUCCGGGAUGUCCAGCAGCAGGAGGGCGUCGUUAGCAAUGGAAUCAGCAAUGGCACUGGAGGACAUGGCAUCAAAAAAUUGGGAAGCAUUGAAGAUUGGCAAUCCCGCUCCACCGAGGACGAAUCCUUCGCCACUGCCUCCGAAGGCAACUUUACGCCGAACUCGCACUCCUCAUCCUUUCAAACAGCCUCGGGACGCACUAGCUCCUACAUAGGAUCGGCCAAGAACUCCUUCGAUGAGGCGGACGACUCAACUUUAAGCACAUUCGAAAUACCCGAACUACCACCUUCGCCAGUCAAUAUGUCCUUCGAUAGCUCCGAAAUAAGCUACUUCUCCGCCCGCCAGCAGAGGAUGAAAAGUGAGGAUCAGGACAGUGUGGCUGGCGUGGCAGAGCUGCACAGUCAGAGUGUAACGCCCACUCCGGACGAAGAGCAGCAACACCUGCUCCUGCCACUACCAUUGCCGCAGGCCAUCGAAUCGGACAGCGAGGUGGAAGGAUUCAGUUUGGCCACUGGCAUUACGACGGAGCAGGCGCCCAGGAUGUCCAACGCCCACACGCCGGAGGUGAGCUACCCAUCCGCCGAUAACACCGCUCCGGCUUCAACUAACCCCAACGAAUCGAAACCGCCGCCCUCCUGGCGACGCAGCAAAUACUACGAGAACAUAACGAAACAGACGAUCAAGGGAUUUCUCUGAGAGAUCUGGACCAGCUGUCCCAGCUGAAAGAUGAACACAAAACGAUUUCCCGCCCAAUUAACCAGCGCCAUUUGCUUCUCUGCCGAUCCUCGACAUUCUUGCCAUUAAUUAGUUGGCAUAUUAUUUUUGCUGUUUUCCCAAAACCAAUUUUAGCCCAUGAGCUAAAAGUUUUAGCCUGUUUUGUUUUGUUUGCCAAUUUACUUUGCAUGAUUGUUCACUGUUUUCUACCAAAAUUUAUUAGUUCGCUUGAACUUUAGCUUAAAAGAUAUACUAAAAUGCCUGCGCAGAAGGUUUUUAAAUAUUUUAUGUUUGAAAAAUGUCUUGCUUUUAUUUUCUCUGCUUAUAGUAGUAGAAAUAUUUAUUUAGUUAGUUCAAAUUAAGUCUAAGGCUUGCAAAAUUAGAGAAUUCCCAAAUGGUUAGAAAAUAUAUUUCAUAUACUUUAAGUAAGAACCUUUGUUCAGUUACAGCCAGUCGAAAUUUUUGCCAUUAAUCGUAUGUUUAAUAUUUAUUUAUAACUAUUUCUCCCACACAGUCACAAAACAUAGUGCAAUUAAUAUCGAACAUGUUUUACCCCAAAAAUAAAGCUAAUCAUUUAUAAUUUUUUUAAAA